AUGGCUUUCGAUGAUGAUAAAGAGACUGAAAUUCAAACAGUUGUUUCAGAACCAAGUUGCCAUACAAAGAUCUGUAAACAACAGAAAGCUGGAACAUCUCAUAACAAACCUAUUAGGGAAAAAGUUUACUCUUAUGAUAGAACAGAACCAAUUGAUGAUGUGAUAAAGCAUAUUUUGAGGCUGAGAGGCAAACUUGGCUGGCAAACAGUAUUACCACCACGCGGAUACAUAGCUGAAGAGACGAAGGCGACUAUAAUUCAGAAGAUUGCACUUCAGAGACCUUUAUUACUGAAAGAUAGUGGAGAAUAUGUAUAUUGUCUCAGAAGAAGCAGGAACAACCCUAAGGCUCCAUAUAAUCCAUACGAUCUUCAAGUUGUCUCUGCAAAUUCAGCUAGACAUAAUAAAGAAUAUUGGACCAUUACUGCUUCAUUUGUAUCCAAGGUUUUGAACAUUGAGUCAAGUUUAAAAGAAAUGGAAAUAAUUCCUGUAAUAGAAUGGCUAUGUGAAAGACAACUUUAUUACAUGAUAUGUAAUUUUAAUGUGUUUUCCAAUGUCAGAAUGAAGAAAUAUUUUUUCACCUGGAAAAUCAAUGUUCGAAGAGCUAAGACAACCAAGAGCAAAACUAUGAUGUACAACCAGCUUUUUUUGGCUGAUGAAUUAUUUCUAAGCUGCUUGCUUUAUAUCCAAGGACUGUGCGAAGACGCAUGUAACAUUAAUUGCUGCCAAGGAUCAGAAGAUAAUGCAAUUUAUUUGAUAAAGGUGGACAGAUCUCGCACAUAUUCGUUGGAUGAGUUUUGUGAGGAGCAAUAUCAACAGAACAAAGAAGCACUUCAUCAGCUACAGGCUUUCAGGGAGAAAGUAAUUAAAGCCAUUCAAAGUACUUUUUUAAGGGUGGCAGAAAUGAAGGGAGCUCAAAACCUUUUUCAGUCUGUGCCAAGUGACAGCAAAGAAAAUCCAAAAUAUGCUGAGAUAAGUGAAUGGCGUCAGAUGAUGAAACGCUUUUCAAGGUUUCUUCUGCUAGUUGACAAGAUCUUCCAAGAACUGCUACGUAAACUGGUGCACAAUGCUGUCCAGCUGCUACUGGAGUUAUUUAAGGGUUCCAGCAAUGUGACCAAUCCAGAUGAAAAGAAGAAUGAAAACCUUAUAAGGUUAUUUCUGGCACUCUUGGUCGCGAGCACGGAUGUAACACAGCUAACAACUAUCCAGUUAUCUGUAUACCGCCUAAAUAAUGUGUCCUCCACCCAGACUUCCAGAGAUGACCCCCUAGAGGUGGCAGUUAUUUAUAAGAACACUCUUGUGAGACUAUCUGGCCAGUUGGAUGUAGAAUACAGUUCAGUAGGAGUAUCUAAAGAUUUCAUUCGAGAUUUUGAGAGAGCAUCUCAAGAACCAUCUUUCCAUUCAAGGGAGGACAAAGUUUUAAAACCUGAAAUAAUUACUGUUGCUGAUAUUGACAAGGUGCUAGAAGAUGUAAAAAAGCAACUGGAAGGAGAGCAAGAAUAUGCACCAGUAUUUGAAGUAAAUAUAGGUCUAAGAAUUCCUUUUGAGAAGAUUAAUGAUAGGGGCAGUCAUCCGGAGGAUGAUCUGGAGUCCUGUGAGAUGCAAGAUGAUGAUUAUUUUUCACUGACCUCAGUAGAGUUUCUGAAGCAAAGGUUAAAAGAUGAUGAAAAUUUGAAAAGUUGGUCCCAGAGUAACAGUAAAAGGGCAUGUGAGGAGCUGUCGGAAAAUACAAAGAAACAAGAGACUUUUAAAUUAAGUCAAGGAAAAACUGACUUUUCUGCUGGCAAAGCAGAAGUCAACCCUGAAUCAGAUAAUAAAGCAGAAUUAAAACAGGAAUGUUCUUCAUCAUUCUGUACAGAUAUCUUUUUAAUUCCCAAUAGAAGACAGUUUUCUAAAAAAUUACAAGGAAUUGUGGAUGGUCUAGAAAAUACUACCGCUCAGGUUAUUCCAUUUUCUCGUGAUAUUCAUCUGUCAGUCUUCAUCACUCAGUCUUUACAUAAAAUAAUGCAGUCACCUGAAAGUUGUACGGAAUUGUGGGAAAAAGAGUAUCCAGUUCCAUGGCCCAAUUGGGAGCUACUUCUAGGAACAGAUCCAUGCUACCAAAACAAAAUUUUGACUCUUCUGUCUAUUCUUAGUAGUUCAAUGGAACAAGUUGAAUCUUAUAGCAGAAACUUUUUGCGAUACUGUGCCAUGGUGAAUGAAGCUAAAACUAUGAAUAUGGAAAUCUUAGCACUACAAAGGGAAUUAUCGUCACAUGAUUUCAGAGGAAUCUUAAAUAAGUAUACAGAUGAUGUAAAUGAGAUUAUAUGUAUGACUAUUGAAAGACGCAUUCAUAUGAUUAAGGUCAGAAGUGUUAAAUAUCAAACAGACUGCCUGCCAUAUUUUGAAACCCUGGUUAAUAUAAUACGUUCAUCAUUGUAUGCAAUAGUUGAAGCAAGGAACUCAUAUCUCUCAGAAGUUAUCCAUUCAGCACUUAGAAAGCUGGACAAAGAUCUCACAACAGUGGAAGAAUUUAUUGAGCACUUGACUUUUCUGAGCCAAAUUUCCUCAGAGUUGCCAAUGCUAGAGACUCAGUAUAACACUCUUUCCCAAUUGUAUUCUAUUGCAAGAGCCUAUGACUUCUUUAUUCCAGUUGAACAGUUUGCCUUAUAUCAGACCCUUACUCGCAGUCUGCACGAUCUUAAAUCAAGUAUCCUUAUUUGUGAAAAAGGAAAAAGUGACAAUAUUAUAAAAUUCAGUGCAGAUUUGGAUGGCUAUUUUGGCAACCUACAGUUUGAACUUAGGAACUUUAAGAACAAAGUGAGAAAUCCAGUUCUCCUCCUUAGCAAAACAUUGCCUAAGACAGCUAAAGAGAUGAUCCAAAGUCUUGUGGAAGAAGCUGCAGUUAUUUCUAACAAAUCCAGAAGUUAUGCAAAUUACCAGGAUCUCUUUGACAGUUCCAUUGCUGACAUGAGAUCAUUGUCAUUGGAAAGGAUUCCUCAGAGAGUGAAUAAAGAGCUCUCUGAAGUUGAAAGUGAAUUAUCUUUGCGAAAACUCUUGUGGGACUUACUAGAGGAAUGGGGGAAGCUUUCUUUUAGGUGGAAACAUACACUUUUUCAGAAUGUUGAUGUAGAUUUAAUACAAAAGGAUGUUAGCAGAUUUAUGCAGACAAUACAGAUUCUAGAAAAAGGUUUACCAGAAAAUACUAUUAUAAUAGGUCUGAAGCAGUCACUAAGCGAUUUUAAAGAAGGCCUAUCUGUGAUUGUGUCUUUAAGAAGUCCAUGUCUUCAACCAAGGCAUUGGGAGGCUAUACAGUAUAUUAUUGGGCAAUCCAUUUCUUGGGAUAAAAAGUUUACCCUGGAGGAUGUUCUGCAACUCAAUUUGUUUCAGUACAAGAAAGAAAUCGGUGAUGUAUCAGUAACAGCAACCAAUGAAGCUACCCUUGAAAUAAUGCUGAAUAAGAUAAUUAACCUUUGGAAUAAAACUAAUUUCCGUUUGUCUCCUCACCGCUCUGAAACUUCAACUGUCAUGAUUAUUUCAUCUGCUGAAGAUAUAAUGGCUCAGUUAGAAGAAUCUCAAGUAACAAUUUCAACAAUUAAGGGUUCUUGCUAUGUUGGGCCAAUUAAGAACCUUGUAGACGCAUGGGAUCAUACGUUAAAUCUCUUCUCUCGCACCCUGGAGGAAUGGUUGACUUGCCAAAGGAAUUGGAUUUACCUGGAACCAAUCUUUCAUGCUCCAGAAAUACAAAGGCAGCUUCCAGCAGAAGCAAGUCUUUUCUCUCAGGUCAAUAACAAAUGGAAAGAGAUAAUGGUAUGUACAGAGGAUGACCCAAAUGCUCUUAGGGCAGCCACAACUGCAGGAGUCCUUGAGAUGCUGCAGACCAACAAUGCACAUCUUGAAAAAAUACAGAAGUCUCUUGAGGACUAUCUUGAGAUUAAACGAAUGAUUUUCCCAAGGUUUUACUUUCUCAGCAAUGCUGAACUUCUUGACAUUUUAGCUGAAAGCAAAAAUCCUGAGGCUGUGCAGCCUCAUCUUGUGAAAUGUUUUGCGAAUAUCAGGAAGUUAUAUAUACGCAGACAUGACCAGAACUCUCCGGUGGUGGUGAUGAUCAGUUCUGCUGAAGAAGAGACUCUCUUCGUGCCAAAGAUUAUUCGUAUUAGAGGCCCUGUUGAGCAGUGGCUAGGAAAUGUAGAGAGCAGCAUGUUUGACAUGGUAAAAAAAUUUGUAAAUAUUGGAAUGGUAGAGUGGAAUCAAAUGGAAUUUAAACAGUGGUUUCUGACUCAUCCAGGACAGGUGGUACUUCUUGUGAGCCAAAUUAUGUUUAAUAAGGAUUGUACAAGAAGUUUCCAGAGUUCUGAUCCAAAAAUGGCACUGACAGGAAUCCAUGAUGAACUAGUCCAUCAUCUAGAGCAGCUUGCAGAGAUGGCAUCUGACAUUCUUCAGUUUCACAAGCAAGCCACACUAGAGGCGUUGCUUACUCUGUACAUCCACUGUAGGGACAUACUUUCCAGUCUGAUAGAUAAACAAAUCUUCAAAAGGGAGGAUUUUGAAUGGACAAGGCAGUUGCGUUAUGAAUGGAAUGAAAUGAACACCACAUGUAGGGUAGUUCAAGGUAAUGCCUCCUUUAUUUAUGGCUAUGAGUACUUGGGCUGUUCCUCUCGAUUGGUUAUUACACCGCUCACCGACCGAUGUUGGUUAACCCUUACUGGAGCACUACACUUGAAUCUAGGAGGCUGUCCUGCUGGUCCAGCUGGUACAGGAAAAACCGAGACUGUAAAAGACCUGUCUAAAGCCAUGGGAAAACUCUGUGUGGUUUUUAAUUGUUUUGAAGGUUUGGAUUAUCAGAUGAUGGGAAAAUUCUUCUGUGGACUAGUUCAGUCUGGAACAUGGUGUUGUUUUGAUGAGUUCAAUCGCAUAGAUAUAGAAGUUCUGUCUGUAAUUGCUUCACAAAUUCAGACAAUCAAGGCAGCAAAAGAUAGACAUGUUAUCAGAUUUGUGCUGGAAGGAAAAGAAAUCCGUAUCAAUACAUCCUGUGGAAUCUUUAUUACCAUGAAUCCUGGGUACAAAGGCCGAGUAGAACUCCCAGACAAUUUAAAAACUCUGUUUCGACCUGUCUCAAUGAUGGUACCAGAUUAUCAACUCAUUGCUGAAGUAAUGUUAUUUUCAGAAGGUUUCAAAUCAGCAAAGUCGCUCUCUGGGAAAUUGGUCAAUCUUUACCAGUUGGCUUGCAAUCAGCUGUCACAACAGGAUCAUUAUGAUUUUGGUAUGAGAGCCAUAAAAACAGUGUUAUUGAGGGCUGGACAGAAGAAAAAAGAAUUAAAAAUACAUGUUCCUGCAGAAGAAGAAACUCUCAUUAUCAAUUCAUUGAAAGAAGCUAAUUUACCCAAGUUUCUUGCAGAAGAUGUUCCUCUGUUUGAGAACAUUAUGGCAGAUCUGUUCCCAGGAAUUACAGUUCCAAGAGUAAGCACUCACAAACUAGAGAAAUCAGUAGCUGUUGCAAUGCAACAGUUAUGUUUGCAGCCUUGGGCAUCUCAGAUAGAAAAAGUUUUACAGUUUCACAAUCAAAUUCUGGCUCGGGUUGGUGUGAUGUUAGUAGGCCCUACAGGUGGAGGGAAGACAACUGUUAGAACAAUUUUAGAAAAAGCCUUGGUAAUUUUACCAACUUUAUGUUUGGAAAAAAUUUCAAAAAAUGAUGCUGUUUUGCAGAAUGCACCGAAGAAAGGAAAAGUGGAUACUUUUGUAAUAAACCCAAAGUGUGUCAGUGUUGGUGAGCUGUAUGGACAGACUGAUCCUAAUACUAUGGAGUGGUCUGAUGGAUUAUUGGCAUCAGCAGUUCGAACAUUUGCAAAACAUUCAACAAAAAAAUCUAAAAAAAUGGAGGCAAACACUGAUGCAGCUACAAGAAUACAGGAUGCUUACACGCUUUGCAAGUUCCUGGCUGACAAUGAAAUUAUUCAGCCUCCCACACGGAUGAUGGCUGAGCAUGUCAGCUGGCUGGAAGAACAGUCUGCAUCCUUUUUACCCGAAUUGGACGUGACAAAGUAUUAUUGGGUGCAAAACCCCUUUCAAUGCAACCCUUAUGCCAUAGAUUUGGCAGAAGCUCAAAAGGAACAGCUCAUCAAAAUUUACCGUGUUCCAUUCUUGAAACAUCAACAAUACCUUAAGGACAAUGAAAUUAACACUGAACUGGGGGGAGGGAUCCUGGCUGCAAGGACUCCAGAUAGUAAGAUUGCUGGAGCAUAUGGUAAAACUAUUACUGAUUGGCAGUGGAUAAUCUUGGAUGGACCAGUAGACACAGUUUGGAUAGAAAACUUAAAUACUGUGCUAGAUGAUACCAGAACUCUGUGUCUUGCGAAUAGUGAAAGAAUCUACUUACCAUCAGGAAUCAGAAUGAUAUUUGAAACGGACAGUCUCUCUCAGGCCAGUCCUGCUACUGUCAGUCGAUGUGCAAUGGUUUUUGUGGACCCAAGUAAUCUGGGAUGGGAACCUUAUGUAAAGACAUGGCUGUUGAAAGCUUCCAGAAUAAUUACACAAAGUGGCUCAGAGUGUCUUGAAAGUUUAUUUGAAAAAAGUAUAAAAAAAGGACUAAAUUUUUUAGAUAAACACAAGAAAAUGCAGCCAUUUCCCGUGCAGCAGAUGGGAAUUGUAAUGAAUCUCUGCAGAAUCCUUGGUGCUUUUAUUGAUAUAAUGAGCAAAAAUGGACUCUUCUGUCACAGUGAACUUCUCGGUGAAGACCGAAACAAAGAAUUGUCUCCAAGGCCUGAUUCUACCACCUUUGCUCAUGUUGAAAAGGAAGAUCAGAAAUGGCUUUUGGAAAAGUAUCCUGAUAAAUUGCCAUCAUUGUUAGAGAAACUCUAUGUCUUUGCAUUUACUUGGGCAGUUGGAGGAGUUUUAAGACGAGAGACUGAUUAUGAGGAAGAGUCUCUGAUUGGCAUAAAUACCAAAGAUGAGUCUCUUGUAACUGUAACACGUGGUUUCAGUAACUUUGUUCGUGAUAUAUUUGAAGGAGAAUCACCUAUUGGCAUUCAGUUCCCAGCUGGAGACAGGGUUAUCUUUGAGUAUUUUGUGGAUUUACAAACAGGUGACUUUGCACCAUGGACAGACUUAGUUCCUACCACUCAGUUUCUAAUUCAACAAGAGACUACAUCAUUUUCUGAUUCCCUGAGAUCUGGGAGUAAUAAAGAUGUGAACCCUGGAAGAAGAGAUACUCUAAAGCUUAUACCCAAUAUGGAAACAAUUUGCUAUUCUUUUCUAACAAGCCUUCUUUUAAUGAAUAAACAUCCAGUACUUAUCACAGGCGACUCUGGUAUUGGGAAGACUGCCAUGAUUCAAAAUAUGCUUGAAAGACUUCAGAAACAAGGGGGAUUCUUUGUAAAAUCCAGAACAAUUUUAGGAGAUGUCGUCUUACAUAAUGAAAUUAAAAAAGCAAGCAUGUUAAAGAAUUCCAGUUACUUAACAUUUGAUAUGCCCCAAGAUGCUCAGAAGAGAGUGUGGCCCUCAACUGGAGACUUGGAUUUGAAGUCAACAAAGGGGCCAUAUUCUGCAAGUGAAACUGGUGACAUUGCUCCAUCAUCUGAAAGAAUCAAGGGUGUUAUAGUUUCCACAAUACAGUGUGGUGCCCACACGAGUGCUGCCCAAAUACAGGCAAGGGUUCGUCAGAAAUUAAUAUUAAAAAGUAAAGAUACUCUUGGUGCACCAAAAUCCAAACAGGUGAUAAUGUUUAUUGAUGAUCUGAAUAUGCCAAUACCAGAGGAGUAUGGUGCCCAGCCGCCACUUGAAACAAUCAGACAGUUUUUAGAUUUAGGAGGUUUUUAUGACACUAAGCAACUUGCAUGGAAGAAUAUCCAGGAUGUCUCACUGGUUGCAGACUGUGCCCCUCCAAGUGGUGGAAGAAAUGAGAUUAGCCCACGUCUUCUCACACACUUUUGUCUGUUGGUUCUGCCUCAACCUUCCUUACAAUCCUUACAACGUAUUUUCCAGGUUCAUCUGGGAACAUACUUGUAUAACAACAGAUUCUUAUCUGAGGUUCAGAAAUGCAAUGACUUUCUAACUUCCUCUUCCAUAGCUGUAUACUAUAGUAUGUGCCGCAACAUGCUCCCAACGCCAGCUAAGUGCCACUAUACAUUUAAUCUACGAGAUCUCUUCAAGGUGCUCCAGGGGUUGUUGCAAGCCCACAGGUCUGUUAUUGUCUCAAACGAAACUGCAGCUCUUCUCUUUGUGCAUGAAACAACCCGAGUAUUCCAUGAUCGCCUGAUUGAAUCUGCUGAAAGAGAGAUUUUUUAUCAGUUUCUUGCAAACGAACUCCAUAACUAUUUUAAGAUCACAUGGACCAAAGAAAAAUUGAUGGAGGAGUCAACCAUAUUUGUGGAUUUUCUGGAUAUGAACACACCUCUUGAAAGUAAAAUCUAUCGAAACAUCACUAACUAUGAAAAACUUGUUUCUGUCUUGGAAGAAUUUCAAACUAAAAUGAACUCAACGAAUACUAAGGUAUAAAAAACAGAUGGCUUGUUAUCUACUUCAAUGGUGUUCUUUAAGGAAGCUGUAGAACACACUACAAGGGCUGCUAGAGUCUUUCGGCAACCAGGCGGCCACAUGAUGCUAGUUGGCCUGGAUGGAAAUGGGAAAAUAACCUGUGCGACCCUAGCCUGUUAUUUAUCAAACUGUAGUCUCUUUAGAUUGUCUGUUACCCACAGUUACAGCUACACAGAUUUCAUAGAGGACCUGAAAAGAGUCUAUAGACAAACAGGGCUGGAGGGCCAGAACACUGUUUUGCUCAUCACUGAUUCAGAUAUAGUUCAGGAUUCUUUUUUAGAACAUUUGAGCUUCAUUCUGAAUUCUGGAGAAGUGCUUGAUUUAUUUGAUAAGGAGGAGUUGGAAGGUAUUGUUGUGAAGCUUACAGCUGUUGCCGAAAAGGCUAACUACUCUAACAGCAGAGAAGCAAUUCUUUCAUUUUUCAUGCAGAGAGUACAUAGCAAGCUUCAUAUUGUUUUGACGACAAGUCCUGCAGGACUUAACUUCCGUCAACUUUGUCGGAUAUAUCCUUCCAUUGUUAAUUGCUCUACCAUUGACUGGUACAACAACUGGCCUGAAGAAGCUCUCCUGCAUGUUGCAAAAAGCUACUUUAGCCAUGAAGACAUUUGUGAUGACAGUGAGAACUUAACAAACAUGGUUGCCCAGGUAUGUGUUGAAAUCCACAAAAGUGCAUCUACAACAAUGGAGAAAUAUUUGAAGGAAACUAAAAGGCACUACUACAUCACUCCUAAUAGCUAUUUGCAAUUCAUAGACACCUUUUUAAGCAUAUUACAGAGCACAAAAAAGAAAAGUCUGUUUAACAGGGCUUGUUUUUACAAUGGUCUGACCAAGCUUCUGGAAGCAACAUCAUUGGUUGCAGAAAUGCAAGAAGAGUUGCUUACCCUGGGCCCUCAGAUAGAGCAAAAAUCAAAGGAGAUAGAAGAACUCGUGGAAAAACUUCAUAGAGACUCACUAGUAGUGGAGCAGGUUCGAACUCUUGUUAAACAGGAUGAAGAAAUCAUGGCUGAGGAAACAAAAGUUGUGGAAGAAUAUGCUCGGCAAGCAACUGAAGAGCUAAAUGCUGUAUUGCCAGCUUUAGAAAAGGCCCUCGCUGCUCUAGAUGCAUUGGACAAAGCUCACAUUGCAGAACUCAGAGUAUAUACUCAUCCUCCUCCUCUUGUACUAACUGUUAUGAAUGCAGUUUGCAUUCUUCUGCAAAAAAAACCUAGUUGGGCAACAACAAAGCUCCUCCUUGCAGAUGCAGGAUUCCUCAAAAAAUUGGUUACUCUGGAUAAAGAUAAUCUACCAGAAAAGGUGUUUCUGCAAUUGAAAAGAUAUGUAAGAUCACCUGACUUUAGCCCAUCAAAAGUGGGACUAGUGUCUAUUGCCUGUUGCUCCAUGUGUCACUGGAUUUUAGCUUUGGAUCACUACCAUGAAGUACAAAAGUUGAUGAAGCCAAAACAAAUCCGGGUUACAGAAGCUCAGGAAGUACUAAGACUUGCCCAUCAAAAACUGGAUGAAAAACAAAGAAGUUUGGCCUUGAUUGAAGAACAUGAACAGAAUUUAGAGGCAAGCUAUCAAGAGAGCAUAGCCCAGAAAGAAAUGCUAGCAACUCGAAAGCAACUGGCAACUCAGCGUCUACACAGAGCAUCUAUAUUAAGCACAGCUCUGGCGGAUGAGAUGGAGCGAUGGAAAGAAUCAGUUAAUAACCUGGACGAAAGGCUGCAAGGUAUUAUGGGUGAUGCCCUUGUUUCAGCAGCAUGCAUCAUCUACAGCGGAGUGUUAUCAGCAGAAUAUCGUCAGCAGCUAAUAAAUGAAUGUCUGAGAUUGUGUAAUGAGAAUAUCAUUCCCGUGUCUCCAAAUUAUUCCCUAAUAACAGCUAUGACAGAAAAAAAUGAGGUCAGUAAAUGGCAAAAUGAAGGUUUGCCUCUCGACCAGUACUCCAUUGAGAAUGCUAUCCUUGUUAAGAAUGGACAACGGUGGCCUUUACUAAUUGAUCCACAGAAACAGGCUUACAAAUGGAUUUGUCAAAUGGAGGGAGACAGGCUACGACAAAUUCAUACUUCUGAUUCCAAUUACUUAAGAACUUUAGAAAAUGCCAUGCGAAUUGGAGACUCCAUUCUGCUACAGGAUCUUGCUGAAACUUUGGAUUCAAAUUUAAAGCCAAUCUUAAGAAAGGAAAUCCACAGUAGAGGAGGUAGAGACUUCAUCAGGAUUGGAGAUGCUGAAAUUGAAUACAACCACAACUUUAGAUUAUACAUAACGACGCAAAAAGCCAACCCCCAUUUUCUUCCUGCAGUUUGUAACAUGGUCACAAUGAUCAACUUCACUGUAACAUUCCAAGGUUUGCAGGACCAACUGUUGUCCACUGUAGUAAUUCAUGAAACACCCCAGUUAGAGCAACAACGUUGUGAGUUAUUGGAGAGUAUCUCUGCUGACCAAAUCACACUCCGAGAACUGGAACAAAAGUCACUUAAACUGCUCCAGAAAACAGAAGGACACAUAUUAGAUGACCAGGACCUCAUUGACAACUUACAAAGAACAAAAGUUACUUCAAAAGAGAUUUUUGAGCGUGUUGAAGCAUCAGCAAAAACAGAGGCCACAAUUGAAAAAACACGUAAAAACUAUCUCCCUAUUGCAACUCGAGGUGCUGUGCUCUACUUUGUAGUGGCAGAUCUUAUUAAGAUCAACUAUAUGUAUCAGUUUUCAUUGGAGUGGUUCCAUAAAAUCUUUGUAGAAUCUAUGGAUUUUGUGAAUAAACUGCAAAGUCAAAUUUCUCUGUCAGAUUCGACUUCUUCUGUAUGUGGAACAGUACGAGCCCUUAGCAGGCAGAGAAAAAGGCAUUUCACCCAAGAGCACUGGGAAGAAUGUGAGAAUGAGACAGACAGCUUUAACAGGCAUCUUAAAGAUAUAAUUGACAUGUUGACAAAUAAUGUUUAUAAGACAGUUUCUUCUGCCCUCUUCACUGAAAACCAACUCUGCUUCUCUUUCCUACUCUGCACUAAGAUCAUGCAGAAUAACUGUGGUGAAAAUCAAGCCCAAGACAAACUUGGAUUCCUACCUGUGAAUGAGUGGAACUUCUUCCUGUACUCCAGCAUGUUGGCAAAUAUUAUGGAUACACAAUCAGAGUUCGAAAAUUAUGGUUCAUAUAUGUUUAAUAAAACUCCUCAUCUCUGGAUUACUGAAUCUAUGUGGAAGGAAUGUCAGUACAUGAGCACUCACAUGCAACCUUUCAAUCUCUUGUGUGACUCCCUUGCAUCAAAUUCCCAACAAUGGAGUUCUUUCCUAAACAGUGGUAAUUUAUAUUAUUUACUUAGCACACGUUACAGACCAGCAUCCCAAGAUCAGGGUGCCAGGGCUGCGGCAGAGCUGGGAGCGGAGCAAGGCUACUUUCAUUGGGAGAAUCUUUCGUCAUUUCAAAGAAUUAUAUUGAUUAAAAUUCUCAGACCAGGAAGUUUAAAUAGUGCAAUACGAGAGUUUGUUAUUGAGAAAUUAGGAGCCAGAUAUCUUCAGACUGGAGGGAUUAACUUGAAAGAAGUGUAUGAAGAUUCCAGUGCCACAACUCCAUUAAUAUUUAUUCAUUCUCAUGGAAUAGACCCAGCAGCUCACCUUCUGCGCCUUGCACAGGAAAUAAAAGGAAGCACACAGCAUGUGAAAAUGGUUUCUUUGGGACGUGGUCAGGGAAGCAAAGCUGAAGAUUUGAUACAUAAAGCACAGCUGUUGAGUGGACAAUGGGUUUUCCUCCAAAACUGCCAUCUUGCUGCAUCAUUUAUGCCCAGGCUUUGUACAAUUGUUGAUUCAUUUACCCAGCCAAACAUAAACAUGGAUCCUCAGUUUAGACUAUGGUUAAGUUCCACACCUGAUCCUUCUUUCCCCAUACCUAUCCUGCAGAAAGGUUUUAAGAUGGCAAUAGAACCACCUCAGGGUCUGAAGGGAAAAUUACUUCAGACAUUUGGAUACAGUGGCAGCGGAGAGGUAACGGAAAUUAUCUUCAACAAGGUUGAAUGUGGCUUAUCAUGGAAGAAGCUGGUGUUCAGCCUGUGUUUCUUCAAUGCUGUAGUCCAUGAAAGAAAAAAAUAUGGAGCUUUGGGCUGGAAUGUCCCAUAUGAAUUUAACUCUUCCGAUUUAGAAGUUUCCAUACAGAUGUUGGGGAUGCUUCUGGCAAACCAAGAACAGAUUCCUUGGCAAGCAAUAUGUUAUCUUACUGGAGAGAUAGCUUAUGGAGGUCGUGUGACUGACCACUGGGACCGUCGUUGCUUGCUCAGCAUUCUGAACAAUUUCUAUAGCCCUGUUGUACUGCAGGAGGGUUUCGCUUACUCUAGUGACGGGGUAUAUCGACCCGUGUCUGCCACAGAUAGCUUACAAGACUGUAGAGCCUAUUUAGAGUCUCUGCCAGACACUGAUUCACCAGAGCUAUUUGGAAUGCACGCCUGUGCUGGAAGAGCAUUCCUGGAAUCUCAGGCACAAACCUUUAUUGAUACCAUUGUCAGUAUGCAGCCAGGAAUCAGCAUGGACACCCUGAUCAUCAGUGGUGGAAAGAGCCCAGAUGAAUUAGUACUGGAAAUAGCUUCUGACAUUCUAAGACAGCUGCCACUCACUGUAGAGGAACAAGAUACAGAACUGACACCUGGAACUGAACAUUCCUCCAAAAUGAAAAUCACACUGGGAAGCUUACUGUCAGGCCCCAUUUGGGCUGCUCUUGCAAAAGCGACUAAAGGACAUGAUCCUUUUAUCAAUUCAGCUUUGUUAACUGUUCUUCGCCAGGAGAUUGACCGAUUUAAUCAUUUAUUGUCUGUAAUAACCAUAUCAUUGCAUUCACUUCAACGAGCUAUGAAAGGAGAGAUUAUCUUCACUACAGGGUUAGAAGAACUUUAUAACUCAGUUUUGAAGUCCAAGGUGCCUGAGUUCUGGCAGCUAUAUUCCUAUAUGUCAAAUAAGUCUUUGGGAUCAUGGAUUGAUGACCUUAUUCAACGAGUGAAUUUCUUUGCAAUCUGGGCAAACCAGGUCAUCAGCUGUAUACAAUUAAGGUAUAACAGCUUAAUGAUGCUUCAGAAACAAGCCAAAACAUCUGGGAUUUCAUUCUCAUCACCGACUGGCGAUAGACCCAACAUAUCCACCAACAGCAUUCAGGGAAAUCCUAGUCGCUUCUGGCUUUCAGGGUUUUUUUUCCCACAAGGGUUUCUUACUGCUGUGCUGCAGAACUAUGCUCGUCAAAAUGGAAUCUCAGUGGAUUCUCUAACUUUUGGCCAUAGACUGCUUCCUACGAUCCACGCUGAAGACUGCAACCUCAGAGAAGUCAAAAGAAAACAAAAUAUAAUACAAACCGCAUUUAAGGGAUCUUCCCCACCUGAAAAUGGUGUUCUAGUUUUUGGUUUAUAUAUAGAUGGUGCACGAUGGAGUCCUACUACACAUGUGCUGGAAGAACCCUUUCUUCAUGACAGAUUUUAUCCACUCCCUGAAAUAGUGUUUUUACCACAACAGAUUAUCCAAACAAGACACACAUGUCCAGAUGAGGAACAAAGAGAACUAAUGCAUUAUGAAUGUCCACUUUACCGGACUCCUCAAAGAGCUGGAAUCUUGUUAUCUACAGGUCUGUCCACUAACUUUGUAACAACAAUCAGUCUACCAACCAAGAGAACUUCCAGUCAUUGGGUUACAAGGGGGGUUGCAAUGCUGUGCCAACUGGAUGACUGACAAAUUGAAAAAACAAAACAAAAACAAAACAAAAAACACCAUUUAUUGUUCAUGAAACCACAUCUUAUCUGCUGCAUUAGGAGUACUAGUAGUCAGUCAGCUAGUUACUGUACAAAUACGAUCAAGAUAAUGUAGUACCUUCAGCACUCCUUGUGUUAAAUAAAUGUUAUUUAAAAAUCCGUAGUUUGAUGUACAGCAUGACACUGUUCCUACUUUGGUUUUAUCCAUUCGCUCACCAACCUGGUAUCUGAUUAUUCAUCUGAAGCAGUGUGUUUAAGUUUUAUAACAGCUCGGUAUAGGCUAG